AUGGCUGCUAUGCAAACAAGAAAAAUGUACACCAUUUCUCCAUAUGAGAACCUUGAUGUCAGAUCAUCUAGGUCCAUGGCAAACCUUAACACAAGCUACCUUUGUGUCCGAUAUGAGCCUGUAAAGCUUCGACGACUCAACAGAAGGAAUGUGUACACUUCAUUUCAUCUUCAUUUUAAUUCUACUCCUUUCCAAGAACAGCGAUGCCCAAACUCAGAAGCCAAAGACUGCAAGCCAAGUCGCAAAGUGACGGGUGGGGGGUCCUCUCCUGCUAGUGGUGUACAGAAGGCCUCCUCUGUAGCCCUGCAGGACAAGCUUGAAGACAUCUUUAGUAGCCAGACCUCAAUUUUCAAUUGUUCCAUGCUAGCAGGCUACAACGGGACUGUUAUAGUAGAGCUUAACGUCUUUUCCGGACGACCAAAUCCCAUCGCUCGAAUGGUGAAAAGACCAGUUCAACGAAUGUUAGCCUCAAGUAAUCUAUUGACACAAUCUGCCUUGCCCAACGUUUUGGGGUACCGCGGGUUCACGAUUUAUGACCUUGAGAAUGCAACGGAAACCAGAUUCGUCGCAAGAGGAUCGGACAUAUCAAUAGAACACCAACUACUAGAGUGGAGUGCAAUAUCAAUAGGCAUACAACAACAUUGCCGACAGAAGAUUCGCGAAGCUUUACUUUCCAAGAGGACUGGCCAAAAACAGACUAAACGAUGUGAACAGGCUCCAUCUGAAACGACAUAUGAACCAUCGAAGUGGAACAACAGAGGAUUUACUCGACGUUGGAAUAACUGUUACAACUACGGAAAUAAUAUAAGAACGAAUACAUUCGCCCAGCCGGGAAGGGCAAAUAAUUAUCGCAUCCAGACCAUGGAUGGACCAUCAGUACAAACUGGAGCAGAGCUAGACGGACUUAUUCAAGUGGUAGCAACGUCUUCAUGUCUUCCUGAAGAAUAUAAUGGAAACCUUGUUGCACUAGUUAUAUGGCCUGGAAAUGAUUACCAUUUUUACAGACUGGAUGACAAUGGUUUAUUUUCCCAUAAACCUGGAAGGACAGAAGCUAGGAAUUUGGACAAUUCCGGAAACUUAAUAACAGAUCCAAGAACAGCAGACAGAGGUCCAUAUACUGUAUUCCAGUGUUUUAUGGAGACCGAUCCCGAUGUUGUUGUUAUAAGAUGACGCAAAA